AUCCCUCCAGGUCUAGACAAGAGCAGCCCAUGGGCAACCAAAGCUCCCCAGAGGGCUUCCUCCUUCUGGGCUUCUCUGAACACCCAGGGCUGGAAAAGAUUCUCUUCCUGGUCGUCUCAACUUCCUACCUCCUGGCCCUUGUGGGAAACACACUCAUCAUCACGCUGUCUGUGCUGGACCCCAGGCUCCACUCUCCAAUGUACUUUUUCCUCUCCAACCUCUCCUUCUUGGACCUCUGCUUCACCACCAGCUGUGUCCCCCAGAUGCUGGUCAACCUCUGGGGCCCAAAGAAGACCAUCAGCUUCCUGGGCUGCUCUGUCCAGCUCUUCAUCUUCCUGUCCCUGGGGACCACUGAGUGCAUCCUCCUGUCGGUGAUGGCCUUUGACCGCUAUGUGGCUGUCUGCCAGCCCCUCCACUACACCACCAUCAUCCAGCCCCGCCUGUGCCGGCAGCUGGCAUCUGUGGCCUGGGUCAUUGGGCUGGUGGAAUCAGUGAUUCAGACACCACCCACCCUCCGCCUGCCCUUCUGCCCCCACCGGCAAGUGGAUGAUUUUGUCUGUGAGGUCCCUUCUCUAAUCCAACUCUCCUGCGGGGACACAUCCUACAAUGAGAUCCAGAUGGCUGUUGCCAGUGUCCUGAUCUUGAUUGUGCCCCUCAGCCUCAUCCUUGCCUCUUAUGCCGCCAUUGCCCGGGCAGUGCUGAGGAUUAAUUCUGCAAAAGGGAGGAGGAAAGCUUUUGGAACCUGCUCUUCCCAUCUCACCGUUGUCAUCCUCUUCUACAGCUCAGUCAUUGCUGUCUACCUGCAGCCCAAAAAUCCCUAUGCCCAAGAGAGGGGCAAGUUCUUUGGUCUCUUCUAUGCAGUGGGUGCUCCUUCUCUUAACCCUCUCAUAUACACCCUGAGGAACAAGGAGGUGAAGAGGGCAUUCAGCAGGCUGCUGGGGAAAGAUGGGGACUCCAGGGAGAACUGAGGGAGGGACGCUUAAUGUGCUUUAAAAUUCAGAGACAAUUCUCCAUGCUUUUACCAGGAAGUUUCAGUUCCCCAGCCCCCUGCGUUCCUCACACCCAUUGCGCCACAGCGGUGGCAGCGCCGCCUGGGGCACGUGUGGAGGCGGCGGCUGGGAGGGAAGGGUCUCUGCGUGGAAACAGCACUGUAUGAAUCAAAUUUAAUAUCUCUUGUCUCUAUUUGUUAAUUCUUCUCCUCCAUAAUCAUGUCCCUAAUUUUAUUAUUUAUAACUCCCCUCCCUUGUCAUGUCGUCACUGUUUCUUCACCUCCAAUUCUAAUUCCUACAGUAUGUUCUUUGAUUCUCCCUCAAGUUUUUCCUCUCCCUUAUAUGUCUGUUUUGCAUUCUGGCUCUAUUUCAUCUCCCAAAUAACAGUAAGGGAGGGUGGAAGCUGACGCCCAGGUAAGUUCAUGAACUCACCCAAGAACACACAGCGUUAGAACUAAAAUCCAGACCCAGUGGCUUCUAGUCAAAGCUCAAAUACAUGCUGUUGCCUUCACACUGUAAUCAAAUAUCCCAGUAUCCUUAGGCUUGAAGUAAAAACAGAGCCUUAGGAAGAAAGCUUAACUCCUUCAGUCCUAGUAUUUCUUCUCUUACAAUGCCCACAAAUUGCAGCUCAGAAAAAGAGGGAAAGGUCUUAAUAUUCAGGCUGUCAGGACAAUUUUGACAUUGGGGACUUGUGCCACCUACUGGUCAAAUGUGGUAUCGUGUGUGCCAUCCCAGACUGAGGUUGCCC